CGCGGGCACCGGCUGUCUCAGCCGGGUGUCAGCGCAGUUCAUCCCGGGCCUGCGGCCCCCCGAGACGAGCGGGCAGCCCCUGAGGCGAAGGGGCUACGGCAGCUCGGCGGCCCUUCUUCCACCCGGCCGGGCCGCGCUGCCGCGAGGUGCCGGGCAGGCCUGAGGCGGCGCGGCUGCCCCUGGCGGCGGGCCGCGGCGGGGCCGAGUUUCACUUUCUGUCCCGGCGCUGCCCGAGCGGGAAACGAAAGCUAGGCGGAAAAGUGGGCGCUGCUGCCCUCUGACGCAGCCGGCGAGGAAAACGGCGAGGCAGCCCCGCUCCGCCCGGCAGCACCGCCGCGGCAGCCGCUUCCCCGCUGCCCUCCGCUUCCCCCCGCUCGCUGCCGGCGGCCCUCCCGGGUCGCAGGGGCUGGUGGGCUGGUCCGGCCCGCCAGGCUGAGGUGCUCCUCCGCGCCGCCGUCCAUCUGUCUUUGUACAAUAUUGUUGAUGGGACAAAGGAGUGGACGUCAAGAAAGAAGCAAGAAACUAGAGCUGGCACUAAGCGAGACUAUGAAGGCAGAAGCAGAAGUACAAAAUAAUAAAGAGGAAGACGAAGAACCAAAGGCCAAAGACCAGAGGCUAACAUCAGUCUUUGGUGUGGCAGACUUAAAAAAUGAAGCUAUUGGACUGUACAACGUUGGACUGAGUUGCUGUCUGAACUCUCUGCUCCAAGUGUUCCUCAUGAAUAUACACUUCACAGGGAUACUUCGAAGGAUCACAGUGCCACCACAUGCUGCAGAGAAGAGGAGGAAUGUCCCAUACCAAAUGCUCCUGCUGUUGGAGGAGAUGCAGUGCGGCAAGCAGAAAGCUGUUUCUCCCACAGCCCUUGCUUGCUGUCUUUCAGUAUACAGAGUGAAAUUGUUUGUGCAGCAUGAUGCUGCCCAGCUCUUUCUGACUCUCUGGAACUUGAUAAAGAGGCAGAUGAAAAAGCCACAGCUGGUUGAAGAGCUGAAUGAUUUGUACACUAUCUGUGUACAGGAGCACCUGGCCUGUCAGAAAUGCUCUUCUGAAUCAAAGAGGAACAGCAGCAUGUUAACCCUUCCACUGCCAGUGUUGGAUUCCAGUUCUCACGUGCUGAAGACUCUGGAGGACUGUCUGCAAUGCUUUUUCCAUCCAGAAGAGCUGACUGACCACAACAUGUGUUUCUGUGAACAGUGUGGAAGGAAAACACCUUUUCUGCAGAGCAUGAAGCUAGUCCAUCUGCCGCAGACUCUGACCAUACACCUAAAGCGCUUCUGCUUCGAAAAAUCAGCGGACAUUCACAAGCUUAGCCACUAUCUGCCUUUCCCACAAGACCUUGAUUUCAAUGCAGUCUUGACAGAAAAUCAGUGCCAAGCAGAUGACAAUGAAAAGGCUGCCUGGAAGUAUGAGCUUUUUGCUGUUGUUGCUCAUUCAGGAUCAACUAGUUGUGGACACUACUGUGCCUAUAUUCGAAGUCUCACAGAAUGUAAAUGGUAUUGCUUCAACGAUUCUGAGGUUUGCCAGGUAUCGUGGGAUGAUGUUAAAUGCACCUAUGGACAUUCCAACCUCCACUGGGGAGAAACGGCCUAUCUCUUGAUUUACAUGAAAAAACAUCCUCAGUAGCCUUAUCCAGGAGUAUCAGAAUGUCUCGGGAAGCUCUGCACUGUCCAUGGAGCUCAGCACCUCUGUGCCAGCGUGGAUGUGUACAAAUGUUCCACAAGAAAGACGUUCUGCACUCAGUCAGCGACCUCUGCCUUCACAUUUAUUUAUGAAAAAAGUUCAGGAGAGACUCAGCUACAAAAAGGAUCUGCACCUAGAAACUUUUUCUUUCAUAUAUUCAUAUAUUUUUGGUAUUUAUGUGAUUCUGUAUACUAAUUUCCUCUUAAAACGUAGUAAAGUUAGUCCUUGUC